AUACUGCGAGAGAGGGAGAGGGAUCAAAGAAGGUCACACGUCCGUUUAUCUAUGUUUCGUCAAGAUUCAGUUCUCGGACGUUUCGGGGAUAAGAAAGUGCCACUCGUGACGGACAAUUAGCACUGGUUGCUCUUCUAGGGAGGAUUGUUUGUCCACUGUAUAUAUGAGGCCUGCGCGUUUCUCGAUGACAGAAUGAGCGCCAAGGAUUUGUCGAUUCUGUCGUACAAAGAACUGCAAGCACUUGCCGUUAAGCACCGCGUACCCGGCAACAUCAAGAAGCUUUUAUUAGUGAAGAUUCUUCAUGCAGUUAAAUGUGGUAAUAGCUCAGAGGUAACAAGAUUACUUACAGAUUUAAAAAAAAAUCGUAAAAAAAGAACUAAACGAAUGAAAAUUAUGAAAGAAGAUGAAGAUGGAUCCAUACAAAUUGCACUUCACAAUGAUUCUCCUGAUCUUCCUACACAGCAGGAUCACUAUUUGUUUCCAAUACAACAGCAACAUCAACAACAAUACCCAUUUCAAUGGGUAGGAGCUGAAGAAGAAGUAGGUACAAGUAAAUAUGAAGAUUUAAGAUGCAAUUUAAGCUACAAUGACAUUCGACAAUUAGUGUUAUACACUUCACAUGGUGUAUAUGGUAAUUGCGAUACAAACAACAACUCUACCUUACUAGAUGAAAUAAUGGACUUAAGAACUGAAGCUACUGUUUCUAAUUAUCGAUCUAGCAUCGAAGCUACUCACAUAAAUAGUACUAGUCUACAUCAGCAAAUUGUUCAGCCAACAGUAGAUGAAAGCGCAAGCAGGAAGAUGUCCUUGCUUCUUAAAAAAAUGUUGCAAGCUCCUGUAGGAGCCAAUUUAGGUGAAAUUGCAAGCCCGGUUGAAAGCUGGUCCAUGGACACAUAUCGUUUAAGGGAACAGUCACCGGAUAAUUCGGAAACUAUGACAGCCAAAUCAGAUAUAAACGAGAACGACGAAAUUUGGCAGGACAAUGUUACAGUACCAGUGACUGGGUUGUCGUGUGUCUUUGAAAAUGAGCAAAGUUACAACGAUAAUUCAUACUACCGACGUGGUAAUAAUAUAACUCCGUACUACAGGUCCACCCUGGAUAACACUGGCGAACAGAUUUCUCUGCAAGAUUAUGAUCAGCAACAACAUCAACAGCAAACAUGCAAUCCAUAUCAAUUCAACUUCGUAACGCAAACGGACGCACAAGAGAAUUGUCGGAGCUGGCUAGCCUCUAACAGUCUCGAUAUAGCCCACCCUACUGAUUACGGAUCAUCCUCGGUUUCAAGACUAGAACCCACGGCUUCUAUACAAUUUCAAAGUCCUGAGAGCGGGGAUAUGAUGAACCCAAGCCCUGGAGAUGCAUCCAAUAUCAUUCAAGCAAAUGCCCAAUUCUGUAUGACUACUGAUCAACUUUAUCCUAUCCAAGGAUCCACCAGUAUUCUUGAGCCGAGUGAACUCGUGCCUGAUCUACAAUUUGAUACAUCUCGUUAUUAUCAGACGCCUUCCAAUAUCGUUAAACAGCCGGAACCACAAGAUUACUAUAGACAUAUAUGCGCCACUGUGGAUGGCACAACUUAUGUUCAGGACCUGUAUGAAACUCAUCAUAAUCAACCACAGCAACAACAACCGCAAUCGCAAUCACAGCCGCAAUCGCAACCGCAACCGCAAUCGCAACCGCAAUCGCAACCGCAAUCGCAACCGCAAAUACAACAGCAAUCAAAUGAACAGAGCCAUCAGUCACGUUAUUCCGAUUAUGCACAAUUGAACGUGGCUACUCCUUUAUAUCAUGUCGAACUGGAUAGCACCACAUAUGAUCCUAGAUAUUAUGAAGAACAACAACAAAAUGUCAUACCUAAUCCGCCAACGGUUACGCCUUUAGGUACCGAUCCACUACAAGUACAAAAUCAACAAUUCGAGAGUUACGUGGCGGAGUCCGGUGCUUCGACCGUUCAAAAUAAUCUGCAUACAACACACGGUUCGACGAUACUAGAUCCGUAUUGGCCGCAUUGGUCUUACACUGAUCGGAACAGCACAGCACCAACGAUGAACGGUCGCUCCUUGGAAAAUACUCUAAACCUCUGUACAACGAACUACGUAGAUUAUACGAAAUUAAAUGAAACUUGUUGCGUAUAUAGCAACAAAACGCCGGUAAUGACGUUACGUAAGGGUCUAAAUUCGAUACCCUCAGCAUUGGAGAACCGAAACGUCGGUAACGGAAACAAUAAUGCCGAGUAUCGACAGCACAAUUUCGCCUCUAAUUGGCUUCUCUAUAAUGACGAUAUAAACUCCGAUCUGAACACCAAAAGAAAAGACUUUGCACAAACGUCUUCGGUGAGCUUAUCCAGCUUUUGUUCCGUGGAGCAACGCUUGGAUAAUAUCAUAUGAUAAUGACAA